GAAGAACACGAGAUACGUAUCUUGAACCGUCGCGCUUCUUGUGUUGUCAAUGCGCCUGGAAAAGAUCUGCGUGCGCCACUUCCCGCCGGGGCUGCGCCUAAGCUACAAGACUUCGGCGGGCGAGCAAAAGCAGUCGACACUGGACCUCCUGAGCUUGGGGCCGGAGACGAACGUGCGCCUGCUCGUGAACCAGCUCAUCGAGAAGGAGCCGCUCUUGACGGCGCGCCAUGCGACGCUACUCCAGACCAUCUUGCACGCGCUCAUCGAUAAGCAGUGUCCGCUGGAUGACGACGGAGAGUUUCGCCUCGUCAAGACUCUGCGCCCACACGCCCAGCCAAUGACCAACUUUGUUGCGUCCAAGAAUGCGUCUCUGCUCGUGACAUCGAGCUACGACAAGACGGCGCGCCUGCUCCGCCGCAGCGACAACUCGCAACCCGAGCAAAAAAUGGUGCUCUCCGGUCAUGACGGUGUAGUGUAUUGCGCCGCGCUCAACCAGCCGUACUCGAGCCUUGUCCUCACCGGCUCGUUCGAUAAGACGUGUCGCUUGUGGCACACGGACAAUGGAAAGUUCGUGCGGACCUUUGCAGGCCACGAAGGCGAAGUCGUCCACGUAGCCUUCAAUGCCAAGGGAACACAUUUUGGUAGCUGCUCCAUGGACUGCACGGCGACGCUGUGGGAUGUGGAGGCUGGGGCGUCAGUGUUUGACCUCGUGGGGCACACGGCCGAGGUGUCAACCUUUGCUUUCGACACGUCGUCGAGCCUCAUGGCGACCGGGGCUUGCGAUGCGAGCGUGCGCCUCUGGGACUCGCGCUACGGCGCCUGCUUUCGGUCGUUUGACGCGCACGCAGCAGAGAUCGCGACCGUCAGCUUCAACCACCAGUCCAAUCUGCUCCUGAGCGCGUCGGCCGACGGCACUGCGCGCGUGUGGGACGUCCACCACGGCAAAAUGCUCUUUGCCUUCGAGGACCACCAAGGCGAGGUCACGGACGCGUGCUUCAAUGCGACGGGAUCGCUGCUCGCAACGAGCGGCGUCGAUGGCUCCAUUUACGUGUACGACACGCUGCAUGGCCACAAGCGCUGCAUUUGCCGCGGCCACAAGGGCGAGGUCACCAAGAUCAUGUUUACGCGGCAAGGCUCGCGCCUCGUGAGUGCGAGUGCGGACAAGACGGCGCGUCUCUGGGAUACGCAGAGUGGAAACUGCGUCCAAGUGCUCAGUGGUCACGAUGACAGCGUGUUUGGGUGCUACGUGAGCUACGACGGCCGGUCGAUUGUAACGGGUAGCCACGACAACACCGUACGGAUCUGGAGCACGGACGACGAAAAGUAAGACGUGGGAUAAACAGACGAGCGUGGAGGAUCCAUCAUCAUCAUCAUCAUUCACGGGUAUCGAUGGGAGAUCGUGUACUACGGGCAGUAUCGAUGGCAGGAGGUCGUCGAGGGGUCGAGCUAAUAGAUAAAGGUAUUUAACAA